CACCGCCACGGGCCACGGCGCGUCGGCGCCACCUACCCUCUUCAAAUCUCCCUUUUCUUGUCGAUGGAACCUUCAAACCUCCCUUUCCAGAUCGAGUGCCAGUCCUUCUUUUCUUGUUCUUCCUGAAUAACAGAAUAAGGCGAAAUUUCCCUCUCGUUUCAGAGGUGGAGCGCGCUCCAUCGGGACUCGUCGCUCCCGUCUCCCGAUUUCAAUCUGACGCAGAAUCCGUUGGUUCACGCGUCUUUCCAUCGGAGUCGGAAACGGACCCGCUGAUGUAUCAUCUCUGAUGCUGUGCUCCACGAUUGGGGCAGCAGCGGGAGCGGACGAGGGAUCCUCGCUGCCCUUAUCCAAUCUCAUAGGGUUGGGUUCGAACACAAUGGGGCACGAGAUGGGACGGUAGGAGCAUUUGCUGCCGCGUUGUGCCCCCUAGGGUUUCCUUGCUAGUAGAAGGAAAUCCUAGGGGUUUUCUCCCAAUGGGUGCUAGUAAUCUGUAGUUUUCGUAAUCCGCCAUUAGUGAUAAGGUUGUUUGCCUUGCUGCGCCACUCGAAGUCAGCAAAGAUGUCGGCUGCGGGUGUUGCUACCCUCAGCCCCCUGCUGGACCAGCUCGCUUAUGUGCCCAAUUGCCUGCACCGGUUGGAACCACUGGAUUCGAUUCUUAUUUUUCUUGCUAUGCCUGGCACGCCACCAAUGCCUAUGCGUGUCCUGAGAUCCGAGUCGAUUGCUUCAGUCAAGCUCCGUAUCCAGAGGUCCAAUGGCUUUGUUGUGACGAAGCAGAGGCUGGUGUUCAGUGGACACGAACUGUCAUGCAACAACUCACAUGUCAGGGACUGUGGACUUGCUGAUGGUAAUGUUCUCCAUCUUGUCCUCCGGUUGGCUGACCUCCGUUCAAUCACCAUCAAGACUGCCAGCGGGAAGAAAUUCAAGUACCAGAUGGCAAGUGGCAGCAAUGUUGGGUAUCUCAAGAAAAAGCUUGCGGCUGAAACUGGGGAGCAACUUGAGAGGCUUGAGGACCAAAGGCUAGUAUGUGAUGGUGAGGAGCUUGAGGACAAUCAGUUGAUCACUGACAUUUGUCGGAAGGGUGCUGCUGUGAUCCACUUAUUCAUCCGAACACCGGCAAAGGUAAAAACUCAGCAGAUUGAUAAGGAUACUGUUGUUACAGUUGUUAAUCCUGAAGGGAGUGACAACUUCCAGAUAGAUGCUUUGGACCUCACUAAACCAGCUAGUGGUGUACAUCCUCCAGUUGAGCCAAUUAUUGUUAACAGGAAGGUGGAGUUGUCACCUGCCGUGAUGAAAAUGAUCAGCUCAACAAGAGCUGGUCUUGAUAACGGAUUCCUUCCUGUGAUGUCAACAGAGGGUUCUGGGGGAGUCUAUUUCAUGCAGGAUCCUUCGGGUCACAGCAAUGUUGCGGUUUUCAAGCCCAUUGAUGAGGAACCAAUGGCCGAGAAUAACCCCAGGGGCUUUCCUUUCUCAGUUGAUGGCGAGGGGUUAAAAAGGGGGACACGGGUAGGGGAAGGUGCAUUGAGGGAGGUUGCAGCGUAUAUUCUCGACCAUCCAAUUGACGGGUGCAAAUCAUCGGAAGCUACUGGAUUUUCUGGUGUACCCCCCACAGCAUUGGUUCGUUGUUCGCAUAAGGGCAAGGGAUUUAAAAUUGGAUCACUGCAGAUAUUUGUGAACAAUCAUGGCAGCUGUGAGGAUAUGGGUCCUCGAGAUUUCCCUGUUCAGGAGGUUCAGAAGAUUGCUGUGCUAGAUAUUAGAUUAGCAAAUGCUGAUCGUCAUGCAGGUAACAUAUUAGUGUGCCGAGAUGGAGAGGAUCACUUGAAGUUGGUUCCAAUUGAUCAUGGAUAUUGCUUACCAGAAAAGUUUGAAGAUUGUACCUUCGAGUGGCUCUACUGGCCGCAAGCCCGUGAGUCCUUCAGUGCUGAAACCACAGCAUACAUCGCAUCACUAGAUGCUGACAAAGACAUCGCACUUCUCAAGUUCUAUGGUUGGAACCUGUCUCCACAAUGCGCCCGAGUUCUGUGUAUCAGCACUAUGCUUCUGAAGAAGGGCGCAGAGAGGGGCCUCGCGCCUUACGAUGUGGGCAGCAUUCUGUGCAGGAAGACAGCCAAUAAAGAGUCUGAAAUUGAGGGCAUCAUCAACGAAGCGGAAGAUGCUGUGCUUCCAGAAACUAGCGAGGAGAUGUUCUUGGAGGCAGUAUCCGAGAUCAUGGACCGUCACCUUGAUAACAUGUUGUCGAAGCUUACAAAGUAGAAUAACUGCUCCAGUUAUUCGAUUGUAUCUGGUUGUAAAUAUUUGUGAUCACUACUAUCAUGUUAAUAAUUAUCUUCCUGAACUUUUUGUGAACAUUAACAAGGUUGUCGCCAUUCAAAAUUAUCAGCUAUGAUGUAGAUGUUUUCUGUGUUUUUUCCAUCGAUGGAUGAUUUAAGGUGUGUUUAUGCCACAACAUAGGGAUUUAAGAUUUGCAUGCAUGUGGGCAAAACUAAAUCCUAGGUUGGGUUUGUAUUUCUUUUAGUGGAAGUUGGAAACUAAGGUCGCAAGGUUUCUUUA